AUGUCAGCUCUGUCAAUCAAAGCCAACCUCAGUCUCAAGCGAUCGAGUAAGCGAGCAGUCAGUUCUUCUUCCUCGAGCCGUCCCAUCAUCUCUGCACCACUGCAAAAUGUCAAGCUUCGUCCAGUCAGCCCUAGAUCCGAGAACAUGGACAAGCCAGCGCCUCGUUCGAGCAGUCUGACAGCUUCCGCUCUUGCCAACCAGGAUACCACAAUGAGCACAGGCAGACAUCUGACCGCACUUGCCGUCUCCUGUGAAGGCUCCUCAGUCUAUUCUCAAUUGUCUCGCGAGCCAAUGAUCGAUUUGCCAUCGCCGACACUCGUCGUCUCUCCGUCCGAAAUUGCUUCGCCUGAUCUCAAGGGCUUCUUGAUCGAUAAUCUGUCAGCCGCACGCAAGCUAGCUCGAGACGACAACAUCGAUCAUGCUAAUCAGACGCAUCAGAUAUUGGGCUGGCUGAAAGGGACCGGCAAGAUCGAGCAGGCUCAGAUAGUGCAACGACUGUCGACGCCGGCCAAGUCUUCAGUUGCGAGCAGCAGCAAACCUUUGCCAGGCGUACCGCUAGCGAAACCGUGGUCUCCUGUCAAGCUACGCCUGGAAAGCAGACGACCCUUCGGAGCCUCUCAGGCGAACGCUAGACUACAGAACCACUCGAAGAAACGCUCGCCGAUCACUGCCCUCAUGUCUGCAACGAGAUCGAGCGAGAAGAAGCUCGCAAAGAUGAGCGUCAUGCUCUCGCCUCCUGUUCUACCGCCGUUGCCGGACACAGAUGUUCAGCUGAGGCCAACGCACGCCAUCUCGCCUCUGCUGGUCAGCGAGAAGCCUUCGGCGGCUUUCCUGACUCGCCAGUCUGUCCAUGUGAAUGUUGAGCAUGUGACACUUGAUCCGGGCAUCGUGCGCGUGGAGCGAAAGACAAGCAGGCGUGCACGGGCAGAACAAGAGAUCCUAGCAAAGCGUUCCAUCCGUCGAGAGCAGUGUCCUGCACCAUUGAAGCUCACCGAGAUUCGUCGACCACGGAUGCGCAAGCCUGUCUUGCUAGACUUGAGCGACACUAGCGAGUCGGACAGCUCGUUUGACUCUUUCGUAGAUGCCUACGUGUUGUGA